CGCCUUUACAGUCAUAAGGAAGAAGACAUGACGAAGGAGAAAUAAGGUGUAAAAAGCAAUAAAUCAAGAGGAAGGAAUAAAAGAAAGCGGCAAUAGAGUUCAUAGGUGAGAUGAGAUCAUGGGUGCAGGACACAUGGUAACGAGAAUCUGGCUGGGGCGAAUCCAGAAACUCAUUAAAGCACCAAAUUGUACCAAUUGUCAAAGGAUGAAGCACAAGACGGGAAAAAUAUAGCUGAAUGGUUGAAAUGGAUGACAGAGAUGGAGCAUCUUACCUAAAUGUUGGAGCGGAUAUAAGUGGAGAAGCGCCCAGCUUGGACUUCAGCCAACCCUCGCAUAAUACUGAUAUAAUGUCGAUUGAGCUCAAUCCUUCUAAUCAGCUAGCAUUUCAGCGUCCAUUGACGAGGACUGUAACGGAAACUUUAACACUCAACAAUCCCAAUGCAGAACCUGCCAUCUUCAAAAUCAAAACCACAGCCCCAAAGGCUUAUUGUGUAAGACCUAAUUCUGGUAGAGUUGAUCCUGGAUCCUCGGUCACUGUUCAAGUAUUGUUACAGCCAAUGGCUCAAGAACCAGCUGAAGAUCACAAGUGCAAAGAUAAAUUUUUAGUACAAAGCGCCAUAUUGCCUUCUUCUUUGGCUCACCUUCCUCCUGCUGAUAUUAUGUCUGAGAUAAACAGCUUGGAUCCUAGUCAAAUCCAUCAGGCAAAGCUCAAGUGUGUCUAUUUGCCAGUAUCUCAUGAUGCAGAGCAUAAACAGCCAGCGCAAACAACUCAGCUUGCGGAGGAACAAAUAAUACCUGUUCAAAACAUGGCCUCAACAGAACAAGUGAAACGUCAAUCUACUAUCAAUAGUGACGAAGAGGAGGCAUACCAAAAUGCUCGAAAGCCACAAGAGCAAAUCGUUCCAGAGCCAUUGGGCUCACCCGUAACUCCUCCCAUGGUAUCCCCACCAUCUUUCGAUCAUGAAGACACACCAGAACAGCUUGCACCUGAGCCGAUCGCUGAAAAGGACCCUGUAGAAAGUCAGAAAGUGAACCCUUCUCCACCCGCCACCAUUGUUCCUCCAGUACUAGCUUCCAACAACAAUACGGAUGAGGUUAAGCGAUACGAGAACGAAAAUAAGGAACUACGUAAUAAUUUGCAGUCUGCAAACGAGAGUAUUUUGUCCAUGCAAAAGAAUAUUGACUCUUUAAAGAGAGAGCUAAGCGCUGCUCAAGCUUCUGUGAUCACCUUGCGCAAAAAUGACUCGGCUUCUACUGCUUCCGCUACAAGCAGUGGUAGAAAAUUGGCAUCUACAGUUAAGCCAGAAGACGCAGUACAUCAGCAUUUGGCCUCGUUACAAGUGGCAUCACCUACAGAAGGAUAUCCUCCCCAAGUAGUGGCAAUCAUCGCCUUUGUUGUAUUUUUAUUCACGUGGCUAUUCUUUUAAAUGCAUGCGAAGAUUAUAAUUUUCCUGAAUUGCUCGAAGAACAAAAACGAAAAACAAAAACAGAAAAAACUUCAUACUUGAAUUUUA